GAUUCUGCCGCAGGGAAAUUGUCUGCAUCUCAGUUGGUAAAAACGGGAAAAUGUACGGCGGAAAAAGUCCCCUGGAGCUGCUAUCUGGAACGACUUCCAAAACCUGGCUACACGAUAAGUGGGCUCCGGGAGUCGGUGGUUUGUUCGGAUUUCUGGGCGCCUGCUACGUAAACUAUGGAACCGGACGGCCAGUGUUCAGCGGCAUUCAGAAACACAUUACGGCUAUGCUAGCGGUGGGCGCGUUUGCAACCAUCGUGCAUAACUGGAGUGAGGCGCACUUUGCCGAAAAGGAUGCUACCCUUCGCCACUACAUUGAGCUGCAUCCGGAAGAUUUCCCUACGCCCGAACGUAAAAAGUUUGCCGAUGUGCUCGAGUACUGGCAGCCGAUUCGUUAAGUACGCUUCUCUUUGCACUGGCCGUACGGUUUUCGGUCCCAUGCCAGACUAGAGUGGAUGUGUAGCGUAAAUGUAAAUAAAAAACUCAAAACCGACGGCA